GUCCAAAAGCAAGUCAAUUCGAUUUAAUGAAAGAUCAUUAUGAUUACAAAUGUUCAAAACCUCUAACUAAAGCAGGUUGGGCAAGAAUUAUACAAAACGUUUUUAGAAAUUUUAGAGAGAGGGAGCCAUCAAAUGCACGACUUGCUUGGAACAGCUUAGCAAAUGAUAACUUUCCCAAAGAUAAAAAAUAUUUAGGUAUGCCAGAUUCUUGUGGUAUGUAUGCUAUAUAUAAAGGUAUAUUUGUUCGAUAUGGAAAUUUUUAUGAUAAAUAUAUUCCGCAAGAUCAAUAUUAUGGUCGUGGAAGAUGGUCAAUUCAAAAGAAAAGCCAAUUACGAGAUAGAUUUA